AUGUUACCAUUUAAAACUUUAAUAACUACUGCUGUAUUGACAGCAACAGCUUUAGCUGACUCCCAAAUUGCUGUCUAUUGGGGACAAAAUGGGUUUGGCGAUCAAGAGCCACUUGCAACCUACUGUCAAAAUACCAACAUGGAUAUCGUGUUAUUGUCUUUCCUUAACCAGUUCCCAGACCCAUUGAAUGUCAACUUUGCCAACCAAUGUGGUGGUACUUUCACAGACAGUGACUUAUUACACUGUAGUGCUAUUGGUGAAGACAUCAAGACCUGUCAAAGUUUAGGUAAGAAGGUUCUCUUAUCCCUUGGUGGUGCCGUCGGAAAAACCGGUUUCGCCAACACUACCGAAGCCAAGGAUUUUGCUGACGUUUUAUGGAAUAAGUUUGGUGGUGGUGACGAUGAUGAAAGACCAUUCGAUGAUGCUGUUGUUGAUGGGUUUGAUUUCGAUAUCGAACAAGGCUCUACAACUGGUUACCCAGAAUUAGCCACUGCUUUAAAGGCCAAGUUUGCUAAAGAUUCUAGCAAGUCUUACUACUUAUCUGCUGCUCCACAAUGUCCAUACCCUGAUACUUAUGUCGGCGACUUAAUUUCUGAUGUUCCUCUCGAUUACUUGUUCAUCCAAUUCUACAACAACAACUGUCAAGUUUCUGGUGAUUUCAACUUUGACGUUUGGCAAAAAUUUGCUGAAUCUGCUCCAAAUCCAAACAUUCAAUUAUUUGUUGGUGUUCCAGGUGCUCCAAGUGACGCAAUCACUGGAUUUGUCACUCCAAAGGAAUUAGCUGCUGCUCUUGAUGAUAUUAAGUGUGAUGACAACUUUGCUGGUGUUUCCCUUUGGGACGCCUCUGGUGCCUUCAAAGAUUAUAAUGGAGAUGGUGCUUACAUUGACCAAGUCAGAGACGUUUUAGACAACUUGAACGUUGAUGAAUGUAAUGAAACUUCUUCUACUGAAGAAACUUCCUCUGCAGACCCAACUUCUACUGAAGCUGAAACUACCUCUGCAGACCCAACUUCUACUGAAGCUGAAACUACCUCUGCAGACCCAACUUCAACUGAAGCUGAAACUACUUCCGAAGAUCCAACUUCUGCCCCAAGCUCCAGUGCUGGAUUCUACGGUAACUCUUCAACCAGUGCCAUUCAAAGUGUCCAAACUGUUUCCGAUAUCCACACCACUGUCAUUACUAUCACUUCAUGUUCUGAAAACAAAUGUUCUGCUACUCCAGUCACUACUGGUUACGUUAUUGUUACCGAUGUCAACACCGUGUACACUACUUAUUGUCCAUUGACUAAUGAAGAUGUCACUGUCACUAAAGCUCCUAGCUCUGCUGCUGAAAAAUGUCAAGAAAUCACCAAGACCGUUCCUGUUGCUGCCUUGCCAACCAACAAGGGUGUUAUUGCCGUUGGUUCUACCCAAGCUGCCCAACCAUCCGUUGAAGUUUCCAAGCAAACCGAAACCUACGUUUCUGGUGAUAUCACUUCAACCGUCACUGUCGCAGUGACUUCCACUUUAGAAUCUGCUGUACCAACUGUCGGCGCUUAUUCAGCUGCUGGUAAUGGUACUAUCCCAAUUUACAGUUAUGAAGGUGCUGCUGUUGCUGAUUCAAGCAGAGUUGCUCUUUGGACUACUAUUCCUCUUUUAAUGUUAGCAGCCCUCUUCUAG